AUGAGCGGGGACACAGCAGAUACGCUGUUCGACUUUCACGAGACAAGGCUCCGGUCCGACAGCCAUGGAGAUGUGGCUAGUGAAGUCAGCUCAUACAGUCGACGCAGCAGCCUGUAUAGUCAUUUUAGCAGGAGCAAAGCCGGACCGUUUUUAGAAGGCAACUUAAAAUUGUUUGAUAUCAUAGAACUGUCAUCUGAUGUGAUGUGUUGUCGCUUCAGCAGUGAUGGGACACAUCUUGCAGUAGGAAUGUGCGAUGGUACUGUAAAGAUAUACAAUCCCUUGACCUGCCAGCAGUUAUACAUGCUGCAGGAUGAGGACACAAACAAAAGCAGACUUCCAGUCACACAGGUCAAGUUCCGUCCUUACGUAGAGGGGGAAAAGACAGAAUACAGUCAUAUCAUCAUUGCUUCCUAUGCUUCUGGACAUGUUAAGUUUUGGCAUUACACGUCCGGUAAAUGCUUACACACUGUGACCGAAGGAAGACAAACCUUAGCCCUCACCAUCAACCCGGAGGGAACGCAUAUUCUCACAGCAGGGUCUGAUUCUAAAAUACACAUGUAUGAUAUUGAAACAAAGCAGAAAAUUAACACAAUGGAGCCGAGUGAUGCCCAUGAUGUCAUGGAUGGACACAGGUUUCGAGUGUUUGCUUUACAGUACAACCCAAAUCAUCCACAUGUCUUUAUUUCUGGAGGCUGGGAUGACACCAUUCAGUAUUGGGACGACAGAAAGGUCCAUUCUAUCAAAAAGUUCAUUGGUCCUCAUCUGUGUGGUGAUGCUCUGGAUAUUGACCCAGUACACAACCAUAUUUUGACAGGAUCUUGGCGCAAGUCACACGUGUUACAG